UACACGCACACCUACGGCCACGUAAAUUGAAGCGAAAAAGAAACAAGAAGUCCACUACGACGACGACGACAACGACAACUACAACUACACCGGACUGACCAACACACCACCAUUUCGCACGUGUUUGGGUGCAUGUGUGUGUGUGUGUGAGUGUGCGAGAGGCGCGUAUUUCGUGGACGUGCGACUUUAAAUUUCCCGCUGCUGACGACGUCGUCGCCGCCGCCGCCGUCGUCGUCGUCCUCGAAGUCGCCGUGCGGAAAUUCGCCGCGCUAAAAUCAAAAUUCAGCCAAGUCGAGCUCACGACGGCCGCGUAGUUUGUCGCCGCACGCUCGCCGCUCAGGUUCGCACAAUCAAUUCGUCCCAUCCGCCGACGAGCGCGCAUCGCUUGUCCUGCCGCAUGUCCUUCUGCCGCUGCCGCUAAAAAUUCGCACACGCUCCGAUCCGUAAUAGCGGUGGUAAACAGCCUCGCGCAGGAAGUGUUUGAUUGCUCCACAGAGCACUCCGUGCUUUGUGCCUGUGCUUGCCCCCGAGAACGAUUUAUUAUUAUCAUCUCACCGGUCAUCGGUUUAAUAUCAAAACAAUAACAUUCCGCAAGCCACAUGUGAAUUAAAUGUGAACAGAAUACGUUUCGUUGGACAAAUCAAAACAAAAGCCAAAAAUCAAUAGCUGUGCUAUUGAGACUCAUCGAAUCAUCCAUUAGACAUUAGCCGCCUUCCCCAGAAGGCCCAAAUCAUAUUUUUCUCCCUGACGUUUCAUAAAAAGGCGCCAAGCUGUUCGACAACGGCCUGAAGUUGGAUAUUUCCAGCUACCCCCACAUGAACAUCCGGAUGGGCACCAAGGGGAAGCGCCCGCUGCGGAGCCUGACGCCCCGCGACAAGAUCCACGCCAUCCAGAGGAUCCACGAUGGCGAGUCCAAGGCCUCGGUGGCCCGGGACAUCGGCGUACCGGAGUCGACGCUGCGCGGCUGGUGCAAGAACGAGGACAAGCUGCGCUUCAUGUCCCGCCAGUCCACCACCGACAAGCUGUGCGCCGACGCACUCUCCGACAAGCUGGACGUGUCCGGCGGCCUGCUAGGACCUCCGGAGAAGCGUCAGCGCCUAGAGCCCAAUGCCCUGCCCCUUAACUUCUCCAACAAGCUAAAGUUCGACGAGCUGGCCUUCAAGCGAUCCCCCCUGAAUGGACUGGACUACAGCACGGGCAAGAACUUGUCGGAGCUGAGCUACAAUGGUCUGCCGGUGCCGGACUAUGUGGCCUUCAACGGGGGCGUCGGCAAGGCCAAGGUCUUUGGGGCUGACAUCAACCGGCCCUCGGCCGCCACCGAUCCCUCUCUGAACGCCAUCAGUCCGCUCUCGAGCCUGACGCAUCUGUCGGGUCUCACGGGCCUCUCGCAGUCUCCGCUGGCGAUCAGUUUCAACGAGCUGACCACAAACCUGAACUUGCUGGCUCAGCUGAAUCCCGGCCUGGCCGCCAUGUCUGGUCUCAACAGUUUCCCAGCAGCAGCCGCAGCAGCAGCGGCCUCGAGUCUAAGGAACCCCAAGACGCCGGGACAACAGCCGCCGCCCCAGCAAGCCGUUCCCUUGCAGGUCCAAAGCCAGAGCCCCCGGAGCGACAGUGGUGAUCGAAUGGGAUCGGGGUUGUCGGUCAAGAACUGGGCCAAACAGAAACCUCCUCCAGGGGAGGCUAGUCUAAACUUAAGCAUUAAGAACGAGAUCAAGGCGGGGGACAUCAAGAGCCCAAGUCCUUCCAUAGCACCCUCCCAGAUGAUGACACUCUCCAAUCUGGCCGAAGAUCCUUUGCUGUAUUGGCUGAAAUCCCAGCAGACCAUGUUGGGGCUAAACAGUCUAUACCCGCCCACGAUCCCCAUGGGCGUGACCAGUCCCCCCAUCAGGUCCUCUACGCCGCAGCACAUGAACCAGCAUGCCCAGACCCCGCCCAUUCCCUCGACUCCGCUGACACCCUCCUCCACGCCAUCCGGAAGUCUGGACGAGAAGAACGCGGCAUGGUACAAUUGGUGCAAGGCUUUCGGAGCCAGUCUGCACAACCUCAAUCCCAACGCCGCCACUCUGGCUGCUCUGCAGGCUAACUCACUGCACCAGCAGGCGGCGGCUGAAGGAGGAAUGGGGGGAGUGGGAGUGCCAGGAUCCGGUCCAGGAGCCAUCACCGAUCCCAGCAACAUCCUGUACUCCCAUCUCACCAAAGAGACUGAGACGCCAUCAGUGCGGAGCUUGUCCUCCUCCAAUGAACAGAACCAGGAGGAGGCCACCGAGACCGACGUGGACAACGACGGAGAGGCGGAGGUGGAGGGGGAGACGGGUAAGCCUGAGGACCUCUCGGCCGCCGGUAAGGCUGUGAUGACGCCCUCACAAAGUCCCAUAGCCCAUUCCCCGUCAGGCGAUAGCAGAAGUCCCGAGCCGCGAUCAAAAGACGCCGAACACCCCAACACUCUCAGGGCAGCUUCCAACGACUGCAAGAAAAUCCUGGACAACAUGCUGUUCAAGAUAAGUGGCCAGGAGCCAGGAUGCGAGUCGGAGAACAGCUUCCAGCAUACCAACAACAACGACAUGAGUGCCAGCAAUAACAACAAUAACAAUAACUCGAAUAAGACGGAUGAGGAGGAGAAGGCGAAGUAUCUGGACUGCACGGACGACGAGGAUAUCGAGGCCAUUCGACACGGGGAAAAGUUCCUACAGUGGCUGGAGAACUGCAGCAAUCCCCGGGUGACGGCGGUGCAACUAAUGCAACUGAGGUUCCUGAUCGCCGCCAUCAAGUCGGGAAAUGAGAGCUCCCCUGGGCUGAUGGAGAAGCCAUGCAACAAGAGCCUGGCAGAGCCAGAAGCCGGCGAGGAGAUCAAGGACAGCAAGGACAUGGCUGAAGUCGAAGAGGGUAGCGGCCGUGGCAAGAGCCGGCGUCGCAAAUAGGAAAAGCCAAAGUUGGCGCCCACGCAGCCAGCCACGGAUAAUACCAAGGACCCCAAGGACGCAAGCCAGGGCCAGGAGCCCCCAGUUGCUCCAGAGCCGGGGCAGGAGCAGGAGGAGGAUGUCGAGAAGGACGACGAGGUGGCCAGUACUGCCAAGUGCCAGGAGUACAAGCCCGCUAUCUACGAGUCCUCCGCCACUCUGCUCAGCUCACUCUUCUUCCCCCCUUACGAAUUUGUACACUGUGACCUCGACGAUGACCCGGACGAUUGCCAGAUUACGGGCGAGUAUCAGCAAUACGACGAACUGAGUUCCAGCAGCUAGAAAGUUAGGAAGCAGUUAGAAAGUGCUCCUCUGAAUUUAUACCCCAAGCUGUGAACCCCCAAGCUCUCCCACUAUCGUGUAAGGAUAAGGAUACUGGAUAAGCCUGACGCUUAGCUAUUCUCCAUCUUUUUUCAAAUCAAUUCCAUUGCAUUGUAUUGUCUUGCAUUAAUUAAUCGUAAUGAAACCGUAACGAACAAAAGUGUAUAUAUCGAUGAAUCUCAUCUCUCUUUGUAGCUAUUAUUAUUAUUAUUAAUACUUUGGAACGGAACAAGUCGCAAAUGAGUCGAAUCCUGUGUUUCCCUAAUGCAUUCUAGGACAAAUGUUAUAGCCUUUAUUUUUUUGUUACGAAACUUUUUGAACUGUAAGGUGUGUUGCCGCAAACGAAUAAUGACAUGCAUUUGAUAUCAAACGUUUUUAAAUUUCAUAAAAAUCAUAACGACAAUGUGCUCAACAAGAAUUUUCUUA